UCAGGCAUUAAUGUGUUCACUUUCUGGUAUAGUUUCAGCCAUUCAUAUUAUUAUCGAUGAAUAUGGUUGGAAAUGACCGAUUUCUAUAUGAUAUUUUGCCCGUCGUAACUCUUCAAUACGGCCUCUUUUUUAGUGAUCUCAGUUGAAAUAAAUAUAUCAAAGGAUUAUAGGGGUAACUGAAUUCUUGAGGAUUUUAUAUGUUUAUUUUCUUGUAUUUGCAAAAGAUUGUGAGUUGCCUAUAUGAUUGGUCAUCUCAACAAACAUGAAUUGCCUUCAGAACCUUUUCAGUUUCAGAUCCUACGCUGUACAGUUUCAUGGUUUCAAGUGCAGUCCAAGAAAACCACUUCCUUGUUCCGUUAAUAUGAUGGAUGGGAUGAACUUGGGUGAUGCACCUCAGAGUAUGGAAGUUAAGGCAACUUCUGAAUCAGAGGGGGGGAAAUCUGAGAUAUAUAGUCAUAACAUGACAGAAGCUAUGGGUGCUGUCUUGACUUAUAGGCAUGAAUUGGGAAUGAACUAUAACUUUAUCCGUCCAGACCUAAUUGUGGGCUCAUGUCUGCAGACUCCAGAAGACGUUGACAAGUUAAGAAAAAUUGGAGUGAAAACAAUAUUUUGCUUGCAGCAAGACCCGGAUUUGGAAUAUUUUGAGGUUGACAUUGGUGCCAUUCAAGAUUAUGCCAAGGAAUGUGGUGAUAUUGAACACAUACGUGCUCGAAUAAGGGACUUUGAUGCAUUUGAUUUACGGAUGAGACUUCCAGCGGUGGUUAGUAAAUUGUAUAAGGCCAUAAAUCGGAAUGGAGGUGUAACUUAUUUACAUUGUACCGCUGGACUUGGAAGAGCUCCUGCUGUUGCUAUGGGAUAUAUGUUCUGGGUUCAAGGAUAUAAACUUAGCGAUGCUCACACAGAACUGCUGAGCAAACGCUCGUGCUCCCCUAAUUUGGAGGCCAUAAAAAAUGCAACUGCUGAUAUUCUCACUGAUCUCAAGAAGGAGCUUGUGACUUUGACAUGGAAAGACGACAAGUGCUCCGCGGUGGAAGUUUCUGGACUUGAUAUCGGGUGGGGCCAGAGAAUGCCUUUGAAGUUUGAUGAAGAGCAUGGUACAUGGACUCUCCAGAGAGAACUGCCGGAAGGACGCUACGAGUACAAGUAUAUAGUUGAUGGUGAAUGGACCUACAAUGAAAAUGAGCUGGUAACAACCCCUAACAAAGAUGGCCAUGUCAACAAUUUUCUUUAUGUUGUUGACAGUGAUCCAAACAGUGGUUAUGGAGCAGUUCGGAAGAGGUUGACCGGUGAUGAUCCUUAUCUUACCAAAGAAGAACGGAUGAAAAUUAUGCAGUUUCUGGAAUCCUACCCGGAUGAAGAAGAGUAUACUGAAAAUUGAAAUACAGAGUCAUCUUGUAGUACGUGUAAAUUUUGUUUGAAAUAAGCUUGUAUCAUAGCAAUAUGAAAUUGCUUUCUGGUAGAAUUACUACAAUAAAUAAAAGUAAUUGCUUCAAGCUAUAU